CUCGUUACUUCGGGUAUCUAUGAGUAACGAGUACUCGAGUUUCGUAUGAUUACUUUUUCAACACCACCAGUGACCACUGACAUGUGAUAGUGAUCGCCAACCUAACUUUUGUUAUUUGUUAUUAUUUUGUUUCUUUUUAUCUUAGUUUUCCGUUUAUUUUUUUUUGUUCUGGAUAUUUUCUAUGAAAAGUAUAUGAAAACCAUAAUGGUUUGGUGAAUUUAGUGAUGUUAAUCUAAAUCCAGGGUUUAAAUCCAAUCAUAUACAUGCAGGCAAGAAAAAACUUGAAGCUCUGCUAACAUGGACAGUGACGACCUACUGGGGCCUCUGAAUGAAUCUAAAGACGACUACCACUCAUCCGAUGAAGAGGAUGAGUGGUCAGAUGGUUCAAGCUACAGUUCCUACUAUUCAGACUCCAACAGCACUGCACCUGACUGGGAGCCUUAUGUGGACGACUUCACUGGUGAACUUCUCUAUAUUGAGUGCCAUCCUUUUGUUGUUCAACAUAAUAAGGAUAACAAACCCAGUAGCCAUAGAGAAUUUUUCACCAAAAGCCAUUUAAGACAUAGUACUAGAGGCAAAUUCUUAAGACUCAUCAGAAAAAGGGAAAGUAAGAGGAAGAAGAAAAAUCAGAAACCACUUGAAGUUGCUGAUACCUCAACUACAUCAAAAGUUAAAUUUCAGGAUUCUCAAGAUGGUGAAGAAAAAGAGGUUUUACUAGAAAUAGAUGCUGAAAACAGACAUAACUUGAGCAGUGACAAGUCACUUGCUGAAUCACUCCUUGGACUAGUUGUUAGUGCUCUUUCAGAUGGUAAUCGGGUGAUGAUUGCAGGGUUUUCAUAUGACAGUAAAGCUAAACAUGAAAGGAACAUCAAAAUUGGUGAUUGGCUUAAGAGCAUCAAUGACAUUGAAGUCAAUGUUGACAACUUAGACGACAUCCUACAGAAAUUCAUCAACAGGGAUGUUGUGUUAUUGAAACUUCAAAGGGUCACUGGAGUAGAUGUUACAAAAGAUCCGCCCAUAAAUGAAUUGAACAAUGAGUCAAUAUUUGUUAAGGAGUUCCUUUCAAAUCUCUCUAAUGUAAAAGAUGAGCAGCGGCUGAUGCAUGUGCUAUGUGCGAGGCUUGUAGGUAUGGUUUACAUCAAUACAGAAAACUUGAAAGAAAGCAACAAAGACAAUGAGGAUAUUGUUUACUGUUUUCCAACACCAGUGAAAAGUAACGUCUUGUCUACCACAAGAGGCAUGUACAUCACCUUGAACCACCUGUUGAAUGAAAUAACCAAAUCAAAGCCUCAGGUGUCAUCGAUAGAUCACAAUGGACAAACAACACACAUUGCAUACAACAACUUUGGUUCGAAGUUGCUUCUGUUCAUGUUGCCAGAUGUUAUGGCUUCCCGUGAUGAUACUUUGCUGAUCAGCAAAAAAAUUGUUAGGUUGCUUGAGUUUACGUAUGAUUCCAUAGACAGCUGUUUUGCUGAUGACCUCAACAUAUGCCAAUUGAACCACUUUCUAGCUAGGUUUUUUGCUGGAUCACUAGGAGGUGAUGUGUGGUGUACUAUACAACAGUUGCUUGAAACUGAAGAGGAUGAUCUGAUCAAGCCUAAGAAACAAUAUUACUUUGAAGAUCUAUUGUCUGUAGUGCCUGUUAUCAACUUAACAGAUGAAGCUAACAUGUUAGUUGAUGAUGCAUUGACAGAAUUAGAAGCCAGUGACUAUAGAGAAUGGAAUGAAGAACCGCUGGACUGCCAACGUUUAUUCACCAUCAUUGGAAGUGCUUACUAUCACUCAGGAUACUUGGUGACGUCACAUUUCAUUGAAGGCGAUUUGAUAGACGUGAAUACAUAUUGUAAACUUCACGGAUAUUUUCACUUAUCGAAGUCUGAACCUGUAAAGUCACUAGUUCUGUGGAGGGAAGUGUUUCCAGUGUCAUGCAGGAAGACUGAUGAUAAAACAAUCAAAUGUCCUGAGGGGAAGAGGUACUUGCUUAUUGUGGGGAGUGGUAAGGAUUUAUUGACCGUCAUAAUGGAGGCGGGAGGUUGUACAGAACCAGCAGAGAACAACAUGGGACCAGAUGCGUUUUACGUUGAAGAAGUUCAAGCAACUCUUGCACAUAUCCAAGAGGUUGGAAUCAGUGAAUUGGCCAACCGAAUUUUAUCCACAGAUUCGAAUGAGCAGAUAGCUUUACCUGUACCAAAUGUUAGUAAGAAAAAGGGCGAAUUUAUCAACAUCAAUUUUUCUAAAGCUACUAGUAGUGCUAAGGAUCUGAUAAGCUCUCCUAAAAAGAACGAAGUUACGUCGAUACUGAAACGGAGGAGUUCCGAUCAGAACUUUAUUAAUCAUCAGGGAAGUUCUUCAAAUGUUUCAGUCGCUGACGAGUAUUAUGACAGGCAGUCUGAAGGCUCAGAGUUGAGUCAAGGGGGUUACAGUGAGAAAAGCGAAAUUAGCGAUGACUCAAGUAAAAACUUUAGAAGGGUACAGUAUGACGAUGACUCCGAUACUGAUGGUGACCAUGGUGAUGACAGUCAGCUGGAUUCCAGUUUUGAUGUUCCCGAUAUAAGACAAUCUCUUGACAGUGAAGAAUAUAGGCUGGUACAAUUAACUGCAGGUCAAGAGAAUGUGUUGAUCCAUUUCAGUGAAUUGAAUAUAACAAGGGGUGUUCUGUUGUACCCCCUGGAACCACGUAUUACAUCGCAAACGUACGAAGUUAUAGUACCCAAUUUUAAAAGAUGUAGUUUAGAGAUACAUAGGAUGUUCCAAAAUACUUUAAGAUUCACGAAUACCCCUACUCAAGAAAUUGCUAAAUCAAUGAUGAACAAAAGCCUGGUAGGGAUAAAAGAAUAUGGUAUUCUUUUUGAAUGUCCUUAUUUGGAUGCAAAGGAUAAGAAAAACAAGAUAAAAUACUGGGUUAUAGGGAGACUGUUCAGUAAUCAUCAUGCUAAGGAAAUAUACGUCUGUUAUAGAGAUGGAAUCCCUCAAAAUCUCAUAGACAUUGCAUUCAAAAUGGAAAUGUCAGAUAUGUAGUAGGCAUAAAGUUAGAAGAAACAAAAUUAAGUUGCACACUUCGAGAAUUUGACCCUUGACUUUCCCAGCAUUGAAAUUAAAAUAAUCUUUUGUUUUUCAAACGAAAGAUAAAAUUAUGGCGUCUAGUAGGUUGACUCUGCACUUCCCACAUAACACUGCCAUCAGUUAAAAAGUUAAUUAAGAACAUGCAUAACAACGGGAUUAAAUGGAUCUAUUCAGUCAAAUAGUCAUACAAUUAGAACCAUCAAUUUGGCAACGCUGCGAUGUAGAAAUUUCUUCUCUGCCCUACGGACAAUCCGACAACGAUGGGAUCGUUGAGUUGAGUAAACCUUGCCAAUGGUAGCGGCCAGCACGUAACAGGCAUACCGCACGUAUACAUAACUGCCGUGUCGUGCUGUUGUGGCGCGCCUCUCGGUUGAUGUAACUGAUGUUCGUCCUACUUGGGUUAUUGUUAGUGUAUUUUAUUUCCGAUCUUGCAAAGAUUCAAAAAGAAUAAAGGGUAGAUUUGUCAACAAUCUAAAAUAAUUAUUUUGUAUAUAUCGUGGCCAUAUCGUAGAAUUGACCAUUUCAUGAAAUGAUCGAGCACUUCACGAAAUGGCCAACCAAAUUUGACCAUAUCCUUAACUCGUCAACGUUUAAUGAUUUGGUCAUCCAUGAUUGAUAUCAUAAAAUAAGGUGUCCCUAGAAUAUUUAAUAAAAACCCAGAAUAUAUUACGUACUCGUUUAUUGUUAUUUAAGUUCGAAAACCAAUUUGAUUAAAUUUAAUAACUUUAGGAACAUAAAUGAAAAUGAUUAUAUAUUUUUUGAACAUAUCAAAUAUCACAAAUUUAUUACCUCGCGUGGUCAUCGUACUUAACGUAUAACUUAAAAAUGAAAUAAAAACUACGAUAUGUUAUACAUACGCAAAAUAAUAUAGUAGUUCAAUAGACAAUAUUUUAGCUGGCACUCGAUUUUGACUUCCAAUAAAUGAAUGAUAAUAUAAGUUCUGAACUCUACGGCUUUUUGACGUUUUGAUCGGUACUUGCGUGACCCGCGUAGUGCUUGAUAACUCGAGUAACGUUUUGUCGUAAUGUCUUUUAAUCUCACUUUUGUCAUUUGGUAACGAAUUAUUAGAAUUAUCACUUCGAAAAACAACUUUAGUAUUAACGACCUCCUUGUUGAAAUGUAAACAAAACGCUGACAGCUGGGUAAUUAACGUAAAUAAAUAAUAUUUAGUAAAUAUUUUACAAUUUGAUCAAACAUGCUUCACGAUUUCAUGAAGUAGCUGCGCGUUUAGUUGAUAAUAUCGUUUAACGAUUUGUUGUCAUUGAUCUGGCCAAUAGUUAAUGAUACAUUUCAUGAAAUAGUCAAUUUUACGACCUUUGAGGACUUUUGCUGGAUCAUUUGUAAAAAGGAAAAUAUGUUUAGAUUUUGUAUGGCCAAAAGUGCGAAAUCGAACCCCGAUCUACCGCAUGAGACAUAAGGACACUAACCACUAAACUACACUAACCUUCUACCAACGGAUUGCCUAUUUUGCACACAAACGCUGUACCGUGAAAUGGGGUGAAAUUGAUCACUUACAAACGUUAUAUUGGAAUAUCUUUUUCAAAUCAGAUAUAAUUAGAUACAUUCAGAAAAGUUGAUGAAGAAUAACACCGUCCGAAACUAUCCUCAUUAUUGCUCAUUACCGGGGAGCUUAUUUUGCACAAAAGUAAGCAAAAACUACACGAUCACUCUGCUUGUUACUACUGAACAACGUAUUGGUUCCAUCGCGUUCGAGCAGUUGACAUCCAACGCGCGAAAUCCAAAAAUUCCUAGACUGGAAAUAGUUAUUAAAGUCACCUCGUGAGAUCAAUGUCACCCCAUUUCAGGGUAUACAAAUCGAGUGUUCACUUACACGUGAUUGACUAAUUUGAAUGAAAAUCGGUUAUUGUGACAUAAGUGCAUAUAGCCUCGCGCACUUUUUAUGAACCAUGAUAACUACUAUAGACAUGUAGUACUUUAUUUUUGUAUCAUAUCAAAUAAUGAUUUUUCAUAGGUAAAUUUUUGAUACCUUAUGAUAAAAUUAUCAUGGUUCAGUCGACUUGUUAAACUCUAAUAAAUUAUACGCCCAAACCGAUAUCAUGAAUCACUCUGUCCACUGGUGAAAAUUGUAUGAAAAUCCGUUGCGUAGUUUUUGAGUUUAUCGCGUUCAGACAUAUUGACGCGGUGGGGAUCGUAAUAAUGUGUAACGACAGUUGCGCUGUCGCGGCUGCUGGAACUAAGGUACAGUCGGGUAAUAUGGUCCAGUUUCAGUCCGAGAGCAAUAAAAAAAUAAAUGCCAACAACUAAAAAAAAUAUUUUUAUUCGCAACGUGUAGAAGAACUAUAAAGGAAAUAAAAUUUUAUCCAAAAACAUCAAAAAAAUCAGAAACAUGGGAAAAACAGCAAAAACAAAUAUGUGUCAUUUGGGCCAUAUUUCUGACUUUCGCUGAAAUAUGGCCCUCAAUUAACUUAAUUCAGACGAAUAAUUAGGGCAAUAAAACACUUCUGUGUCCUCGGCAGUCAAUCCAACGCAUAUUUCGUGGAUCCACAAUAGGCAACUGGCGCACUGUCGCAUAUCACUUACAGAAUUCUCAUUGCACACACCACAUAGCCAAUUUUCUUUCGGCUUUGAUUGGCUUUUUGACGACUUCGUUGAGUUUGCUUGAGAUGAAUGUUCGGUAAAUAUCUCUCUUUUUAACAGCUGCACUUUAUAAUUUAAUGCCUUCCUUUUUGGUCUUGAUUUCACUGUUACCAUAUCAGGCGUUUUCAGGAUAUCUGAGAAAUUCAAUUUUUUCUCAGGUGCUGAACAUUUUGCUACUUUACGGAGUCCUGCAUUUUAGUCUUGAUAAUAGUUACAUUUAAAAUAUUAAUUUUUUUAUUCGUAUCAGAUGUAAUAGCAGACGCUAAUUGAUUAGUCCAGUGAGAAUAACCAGCACUCGAUUUUUCCUCUAUUUUCAUUCUUAUUGAUGGAUUAUUAUUCUUAAGGAAAUAUGCAAGUGGCAGAUCAUCAUCUGAGCUAAUAUAACUUUCCGGUUCAGCAUCCAUCACUUCAGGAAUGUCUUUAUUCCUCUUCGAUAUUUUUGGAUGCCGCCUCAAAAAACUUUUAUACCACGUGAACCCAGGCAUCUCUCUUGAACUAUUGAAUUUAUGUGAAAUAUUGUUGUUAUACAAAACAGGUAGACACUUCUUCGCACGGAUUUUGGAGUGAGUGGUAGUCCUAAACGAGAGAGCUUUAAAAUGCGAGCUUCCAACUCUCCCUCUUGUUCGAAAGUAAGUAAAGAUUUACGACCUAAUAUUCUAUCGCUAAGACCAGAUUUUAUAUGAUUCCGUUCUAGGAAUUCCGCAUUUUUGCUCCACGUAUCGUUGGCUUUUACCGCUCCUAAGAAGUUGUACCUAGUGCCUCCGACAUCAUAUCUUGAGUCCAAUUUACUCGAACUCCCCUACAUAAUUUCCCCAUUUUCGACCUGAAAAACAAAAAACUGAAUUAGGAUAGAAGGAUGAAAUGGUCAAAAAUAUGGCCCACCGCCAUGCAGAAAUUUGGCCCACUGGCUGGGCCGUAUUUCUACCUAUGUACAAGAUUCAUAUUUUAGGUUAGAUUUUUGUAACCUAUAAAGAUACUUUAGCAAGUUUUACGAAGGUUAAGGACUACUGUUUCUAUUGCAUGUAAGCACUUACCUUUAACUGUAUUAUACCCUGCAAUAUUUCACUUUCAACUUUCACCAAAAUAAUAAUGUAUCAACUCCUAAGGAACAGUUGCGGCUUACGUGCAGAACGGAAAGAGCGCGGAAUUCUGAAUUAUAAAUUAAACCUCAUUUACCGACAUGACUGAACUUUAAAAUAACGAAUCUAUGCAUCAACAGAUGUCACUACAGAAAAAUAUAUGAGCAGUGGGCCUUAUUCAUGCCUGGGCCAUAUUACUCGAAUGUACCUUAUUUCAAGUUUUAAUGGUAAAUGUAGAAGAGUAUAAAAUCGCUAAAUAAUUGUUUUUGAAUAAUGUUUCUAAAAGGGCAAUAUUUUUCUACCUGACCAUACUUUUUGACAUUUUUGAGCUAUUUGGAAGUAGUGCUGUCAGAUUUCUUCCAAAUUCUGCUUGAUGUAAUGUAAAUUGCCGAGGUGCGUACACUUUUAUCAGUCAUUCUUGCAUGAUUUUGUGAUUAUGCUGACGAGAAGAUAUAGUAAAGACAUAGCUAAUUUAUCCAAGAUAAGGCCACAAGUACACCUAUUGCCCGUUUAAAUGCUCCAUUAGGAAAUAUCCAAAAAUAUGCUGGUUUCUCGGAAACAUCAAAAAACGGAGCGUGAUCGUUUUUUUAUUUUAUUUUACCCGUAUCUCCGCCGCGUUUUUCGUCUUUGACAUAGCGACAACCUAGGAUCAAAAUUUCAUCGAAAUCCGAGUGCUACUUAGGGGGGUUAAGGAUUAGCACUCACUCAGCAGACCAACAAAAAUUAAUGGUUUUUCAUGAUAUACAUGUCUGUAUCAUCUUUUAUUCAAAAUUUCUCGCGAUUACAACACUUCCUCGUCAAUUGGGGUCGCAAGUAAUAUGCAAAGAAGUGAUCCAGUAAAGAUUUCAGCCUCACAGUACAAAUAUUUUUCAUGUUUCGAUUUUCCAAGCUGAAUUUGAAUUGAUGUGCGGGAUGUAUAGGCUCAACCUAUUCGACUUAGUACAACACAAAUGAGGGGUUCGGGUGUGAAAUCUGGUAUGUAGCACAAACCUCGUCUUGAAUAAAGCGAAGUUUAAGUUUUGAAAAUAUUUUAGCCAUUAAACUAAUGCAAUAAUAGCCACACAUGGGGCUUUUACAAUAAAUGCACAAAGUUGGUUCAAACAAUUUUUUAGUAAGGUGAAUCUGAUCAUUUUUUACAAUUAGUGCAUGUACUUACCAUUCUUUGGAUUAUGUUUGUUGCAUAAAUGAAAACCGAAAUAAAAUAAGUAGGCAUUUGAACACAAAGUUUAUUAAAAAUAAAAUCUUUUUCCUUACAAAAUUGUUUAAAUUAAAACGAGAAACUUGUCUAUUCUUGUUUCACUGUGUAUUCUGCUUCAGACCUCUGUAAAAAGAGUGAUAUGCUUGAGGAAUCCAUUGCAAGCAAGACAUCACAUGCUCAUGUUUUGACUUCUCUAUUUCUAGAGACGAAUCAUACUUAUUAUUUAAUAAAUGGAGCUUAAAAGGUAGCAGGUCGGCCCCUCUUUUCAAUGAACCAGGUGCAACUAGAUCAUGAUAAGUGUCGGGGGCAUGUAAAAUUGAUAGAUUUUUUGCAGAAAGCUCCACUGUAUUUCUGAUACUGAACGUUGUUGCAUUCGGUUGUUGAAAAUAUUCUCGCAACUUAUUAAUUUGUUUGAAAUCCUCUUGAGCCAUCCUAUAAACCUGGAAUGCUGGUUUCUUUGGUGCCUUCUGCAACACUUCCUCCCAACUCGUCGGAUUGGAAACAAACUGACAAUGGGCCCUUACGUACUUCUCUACCAUGGCAAAAUCUCUGUGAGACGAUAACAUAGUGUGCCCCAUGUGUAUUUGUUUAAAGUGGCCUAAUCCGAGCCAAACAGAUAAUGUCCAAUUCUUGUUUUGCCACCCGCAAUUGUCAGAGAUAGCAAUGAGUUUUCACCUCUAAUGUUAUGUUCAAAAUGUUUUAGCAAGCAAUUCCCAAUUUCGUCAGCACCUCUGCCUGCUGUAGAUUCAUCCCACAUGUAAAGGUAUCCUUGCGAAGGAUGCAGGCCAUGAAUGAAAGUUAUAGCAGAAUAUUUUUUUGUAAAACGUUGGACCAGUGAAAAGUUUUGGGGUGAGCAAUGCUUGUUGUAAGUCAAAAGUUAUUGCGUAUGUUCCAGGAUUUUCCAGUGCCUCUUUUCGUGCAUUAUUGAUAACAUCUUGCUCAGCUUUAGCUUUUCUAUGGUGUAACUAUAGUUCUGUUGUUAACUACUUCAAUUUGUCAUUAUCGUUGUUAGCUUUAGCUUAUUUUAUUCCAACGUUGGUAGAAUCGCAAACACCGCUCGAAUCUGUUUUAGGAGACUUAAAACUGAUAUUGUACUCUUCAAUAGAAGUGCAUCUAAAUUUGUCAAGAGAAACAGGUAUCUUUUGGUUUUCUAAGCACCCAACCUGAUAAACCUCAUAGCAAUGUUUAUGUAUGGUAUACAUACUCCUUUGUCAUAAACAUACGAUUUCGGUUAUCACUUCUCAAAUAAUGGCUAUUUUUGGCAACCAUUGGAUAAAUGAACGAACCCAAUUUAACUGUUCUUCAUUAUAUUUUCUUUUGUGUGCUUUAUAACGGCCUCCCUUAUCCACAACUGGUGUAUUAUACCCUAGUGCGAUUUUAGCUGCUAUAUUCUCUAUUCUUCCCCGACUUCCAUGCAAGCCAUGGAUAUUCAUACACGCCUUUUUGCAUAGUCUCCGCAUACUACUACCAAAUACUUUUUUGUCCAAUGACGUCUGGAAGGUGCAUCUGUUUUAGUCUGUCGUUUUACUUUCCCAUAUUUUAAGCAACCAAAUAAGUAAGCAUUUUGAACAUUCCUAUUCUCCAUCUUCCAAAAUUCCGUGAAAAUUUUGGAGCGCUCCGGUAAUGUUACAAUGCCAAAACAUUUUUUCUUGCAAUGGCAGCUUGGCCCUUGUCUCCUUGUUGGAACAUCUCGACCUUUUCCCCUGUAGGUUUUAUAGGUUUCUCCAUGGUUUCGCGGCUUCUGAUUUCUAAUCUGAUUAUUCAAAGCAUUCUUGCACUUUCGGCCUUUUUUUUCUUGUUCAUGAUUUCCAUCCUAAACCAAAAGGCAUAGUUUGCACUACAAUGUAAAACAUGGUAUCUACACCAGAUACCAUUAUUCACCCACAUAUACAUCGUGAGAUGUAAAAAAUUUGUAUCUGCAGUAGUUAACACUGUUUACCUUAGAUAACCUCAAAGUAUGAACAAGCUAGGAUUGAAACUUGAUUGUUCAUCGGUUGAGUAGGGAUCCUGUUGUGACGAAUUUUCACCAUAGGAAUCACUGUGGCUGUGAGAAACGGUACUGGUAGCCAUUUUUAACACAUACCAGGUUUUACAUGCUACGUUAAUAACUUUUCAAAAUUGAAGCAGAAUUUGUUUUAAAUAAGCAUUUACCAUGCUUUACAUUUGCUAACUUAAUUUUGAGUAAAAUGUCAGUUACCACCCGAACCCUUCAAAUCUAUAUUGUUAGGUUUGAUUCGAAUAUCACUAUGAAGGCCGUUGGAUUAGUUUGGCAUAGGUCAUUUUUAAAAGUAUAUCACCUAAAUGACGUAUUGUUUUUUAUUUGCUCUAAGUAGAGCUUUUCUAGGUCUUCAUACUUAGGGCCCUAUCAUCAGUCGCUACUGCAAUUCAGGAAGGCUGGAAUAUUUCUAGAUUUCUACUGUUCCGUGUCAUCCUCAGUGCUGUCCUAUUGUGAGGCAAUGUUUUAUUUUUGAAUUGUAGAAAAUUUCAGUCUAUAACAGGUGUACAAAUCAAAAACAUGAACAGUUUGAUGAAAAUAGAUAUUUGUAACAUAUCCUCAAAAUAUAGCGCUGACACGGAACAGUAGAAAACAAAGACAAUCAAGGAGGUCAUAAAGGCGUCCGACAAUUGUAGGAAUGACCCCUUAGUACUUGUAAAGUGCUUGUUGCAUGAUGUUUUAGAUGUUUAAUGUGAAUUAUCAAGCUUUACAGACUGAUUUUCACGUUCCGUCCAUUAUGUGAUGUUUUUUUGUUUUCUUUGUAUUUGCAAUGGAAUGCACGUUUUUAUACUUUCCUAAUAAAAUGGGAAACAACAUCA